UAAUGAUUAUGAUGAAGGCAGUGGAACAGCGCCUCCUUCCCUCCCUUUCUCCCUCCUCCCUCCCUCCCUCAGCAGGGGCCGGUUGCGUCAAACACGCUCCUCCUCUCGCUCUCCUCCUCCGUGGUGCCGCUGUUCUCUUCCAUCCCCAUCACAGGCCGCUCAGCGCUCACAGGAUGGAGGCCCUGAUAAAUGAGUGGCUGUGGCAGGAGAAGUACUGGCUUCCCCCGGGCGUCCGCUGGCAGGACAUUGAGAUUAAGGAGGGCGACGGCCGCAUUCCUUUACCCAGGGAUCUCAUCUACACUUUGCCACUGGCCUUCACCUUUAUAGCUCUUAGAUAUGUCUUUGAGAGGCUCAUUGCUUUCCCGUUUAGCAAAUAUUUAGGUGUGAAGGAUCCGAUUCGUGUUCGAGCUGCUUCCAUACCAAAGCUGGAGAUCUUCUAUAAACAGAACAGCCGGCAACCAUCGCAAAGCGAUGUGGUGAACCUGGGGAAACAAUGUGGCCUCUCACAGAGAAAAAUCCAGACCUGGUUCAGACACAGAAGGAACCAGGAUCGACCCAGCAAUACCAAAAAGUUCUGCGAGGCCUCGUGGAGGUUCGUCUUUUAUCUUGUAGCAUUCACAGCCGGGCUUGGCUCUUUAAUGAAUAGCCCGUGGUUGUGGGACCACAGAGAAUGUUGGCGAGGAUAUCCCAAACAGCCCGUGGCUGAGGCUCAUUACUGGUACUACGUCUUGGAAAUGGGUUUCUAUUUGUCGCUGCUCAUGUGCGUGUCUGUGGAUGUCAAGAGAAAAGAUUUCAAGGAACAGGUCAUUCAUCACAUCGCCACCCUGUUUCUCAUUGGUUUCUCCUACUGUGCAAACUAUGUGAGAGUUGGCACUCUGGUGAUGCUGGUGCACGAUUCUUCGGAUUUCCUUCUCGAGUCUGCCAAGAUGUUUCACUAUGCUGGCUGGACCAGGACAUGUGACUCACUCUUUGUCGUCUUCGCUCUUCUUUUCCUUGUCACAAGACUGGUGGUGUUUCCUGGCAGAGUGGUCUACACUACACUGGUGGCGUCUACAGAAUUCUUCCAGCCCUUCUUUGGUUAUUAUUUCUUCAAUGUCCUGCUGUUAGUGUUGCAAGCCCUGCACAUCUUCUGGGCAUAUCUUAUCCUGCGCAUGGUCUACAAGUUUGUCUUUUUGGGCAAGGUCGAGCGUGAUGAGCGUAGUGAUGAGGAGAGUGAAGUGGACGAUGAAGAGGAGGAGCAUGAAGAAGAUGGGGAUGAAUGCAGCUGGCAGCAGAGGAAGGGUACAAUUAACUCCAAAUUAGCAUCGCUGGCUAACAACUGUGUCCUGAACAACCUGACUAAUCAGAGGAAUAUGAACAGCAGACUCCCCAAAGCCAGAUAGUGGCCAAGCCUCACCUGAAGUCGUGUUCCCCAUUGCCUAUACUGGAGAUUCACUGUUUUCUG